AUGGUGUACAUUCCUUGUAUUAUUAUUCCGAUUCUGCUCUGGAUCUACACAAAAUUCUUGGAGCCAUACAUAUACCCUCUGAUUUCUCCUUUUGUUAGCCACAUAUGGCCCAGAAAAGCUGUGCAAGAAUCCAAUGAUAAAGGGAGAGUGGAUUGUAAGGGCACAGAUACAAAUGGAUUACCAACAAAAGGACCAACAGAAAUCCCUGAUAAAAAGAAAAAACUGAAAUGA